AUGUCCUCGAUAUCUUCAGGCGCAGCUGGCACGAAUUACAAUGGCUACAUGACGAGUCGACCAAUUGUCCUAGGACUUGCUAAGGUGUUGUUUCUUUCGCUGUGCCAGGUUUCAAAGGUGUCGGCGGCACCUUUGUUGGCAUUUGUUGGAGCUGCGAAAAGAGGGGAAGACGCGCCCAAAGACGCGGAGGACCCAGACCUAUGGCUGUAUCUCUUGGUCGCCUCGAUAUUGGUCCUGCUAGGUGGUGUUUUUGCAGGAUUGACAAUCGCGUUAAUGGGACAAGAUGGCGUCUAUCUUCAAGUCAUCGCAACUUCCGGUGAGGGCAAAGAGCAGAGACACGCCCAAAGCGUGUAUAAGUUAUUGAAGAAGGGAAAACAUUGGGUUCUUGUCACACUCCUACUCAGCAAUGUCAUCGUUAACGAAACUCUCCCAAUCGUCCUGGAUCGAUCGCUUGGAGGAGGUUGGCCUGCUGUCCUCGGCAGUACUGUUCUGAUUGUUAUUUUCGGAGAGGUCAUCCCUCAAUCUGUCUGCGUUCGAUACGGCCUGUCAAUUGGUGCUUACAUGGCACCCUUCGUCCUCCGCCUUAUGUGGCUGCUCGCACCUAUUGCUUGGCCAACAGCGAAGCUCCUCGAUAAAUUAUUGGGCGAAGAUCAUGGAGCAGUGUACAAGAAGUCCGGGUUGAAGACACUAGUUACCUUACAUAAAACACUGGGGACGAGUCCUACGGAUCGACUUAAUCAAGAUGAGGUUACGAUUAUCAGUGCCGUGCUGGAUCUCAAGGACAAGGCAGUCGGCGACAUUAUGACUCCGAUGGAAGAUGUCUUUACAAUGUCUGCAGAUACUAUCCUCGACGAGCCAACGAUGAAUGUCAUUCUUAGUGCAGGUUACUCUCGAAUCCCCAUCUACGAACCAGGAAACCCACUGAACUUCGUUGGGAUGCUAUUGGUCAAGAUUCUCAUCACUUACGAUCCAGAGGAUUGCAAGAAAGUCAGCGAAUUUGCCUUGGCUACACUUCCAGAAACACGACCGGAAACUAGCUGUCUGGAUAUUGUGAAUUUCUUCCAGGAGGGGAAAUCGCACAUGGUCUUGGUUUCCGAGUACCCCGGCGAAGAUCACGGUGCUAAAGGCGUGGUGACCCUCGAAGAUGUUAUUGAGGAGCUCAUUGGCGAGGAAAUCAUUGACGAAUCUGAUGUGUAUAUUGACGUUCAUAAAGCUAUCAGAAGGAUGGCACCUGCUCCGAAGGCGCGCGUCCACAAAGGUCAAAUCGUAGAAAAUACCGAUAACGCAAUUCGCAGUGCGUCACCAGAACGCCUUAUCGAUUUGGGUGAGGAUCUUCCGAAGGGUGCUGGAGUCUCAGCAACGACCCAUGUCAGCGGAAACGGUCGGAGCAACGGUUCAUCUAUACUUGGAACAAGUCCCAAGACUACCUUCAUCAAGCGGAGCUUGAGUGGUGCUGAUGGUGAUAUUAUCCAAAUCAGAGGUAAUGUUAAUGACAUGCGAGAACAUCUCAAACACCUUGGGCCGUCAAACCUCGCCAGUCGUCCCAAGACUACCCGAUAUAACACGGUUAAGAUCAAGCCUGGUCACCUCGCGAGCGGGAGCGAUUCUAGAACGGACUCUGCAACUCACCGCGAUUCUGUCAUUGAAGAAGAACCAUACCGUGAUCUUCCUGCACCAUCAGGAGGCGAAGGGGAAGGCCUUUUGACUUCUGCAGGAAAAGAGGCUUCGGAUGGUGUUCAAGCCUUGCGACAAGGGUAUGGAUCCAUAAACCUCACAUCCGGUAUACAAAACAAGUUUUCUGAAUCUGGGAGAGCCAAAGUCGGUGAUGCUACGCGAGAGAAGGUCAAGUCUUCGAGGAGUAAUUCUAACUCACAACCACGCCCAGAGACUGGCAGGGUCGAAAGACACCACAGUGGUCGAAGUAACGAUACUCAAGAAUCCUCUGACUCGCGUACCAGUAGCCCUGUAGGCGCGAUAAGACGCAUAGCCCGAAGUGGUAGUAUCACGGAGAAUGUAAUUGAGGCAGGGGGUGUCCGAAAAGUGGUGUUGGAAACAAACAGCUCAUCUGGAGAAGAUAAAGAUGAGCGAUCUUCAAGAGUUGCUGGUCAAAGGGAUAGUAAUUCGCCGAAGUCUUCAACGAAUGGUACUGACGGACAUCCUGACUUCCAUGAUGAAGAUGAUUCCAUUUCACCCAAGGGAGAGAUAGUAAAGAAGAAACGAAGGCGCACACGUAAGAAAAAGGGAGGAAAAGGUGGGGAAGACGGGGCGGUGGCUGGAAGCUCCACCCAAGGGGGGAAAUGA